CGAUCUGUACAAGGUCGACGACGAGUCGCUGCUGUUUGUCGCCACCGAUCGCAUCAGCGCCUACGACGUUAUCAUGAACACGGUAAGCGAACUUGGUACCACUUUCCUUGUGUGAUCAUACCAAGCAGCGGGUUCUGAAGCUGUUUUCUCUCCCCUCCCCUUUAUCUAGCCGAUCGCUGGCAAGGGCAAGAUCCUGACCCAGAUCUCGGUGUUCUGGUUCGACUUCCUCAAGGACAUCAUCCCGAACCACCUGAUCACAGCCGACAUCUCGGCGAUGCCGGCCUCGGUGCAGCAGUACCGUGAUCAGCUGGAGGGACGCAGCCUGCUGGUCAAGAACGUGCAGGUUCUGCCCAUUGAGGCGAUCGUGCGCGGGUACAUCACGGGCUCGGGCUGGAAGGAGUACAAGAGCCAGGGCUCUGUCUGCGACAUUGAGCUGCCGGCCGGCCUGCGCGAGUCGCAGAAGCUGCCGUCGGCGCUGUUCACGCCCAGCACCAAGGCCGAGUACGGCGACCACGACAUGAACAUCCACCCGGACAAGUGCGCCGAGAUCAUCGGCAAGGAGCGCGCCGACGAGAUGGCCAAGACCGCAAUUGCCCUGUACACCAAGGCGGCCGAGUACGCUGCCGGCAAGGGCAUCAUUAUUGCCGAUACCAAGUUCGAGUUUGGCGUCGACAAGGAGGGCAACAUGAUUCUGAUUGAUGAGGUGCUGACGCCUGACUCGUCGCGCUUCUGGCCGGCUGCCACGUACAAGGUUGGCGCGGCACAGAACAGCUACGAUAAGCAGUAUCUGCGCGACUACCUGACCAGCAUCGACUUUGAUAUGAAGACCCAGAUCGACCUGCCGCCCACCGUGCUCGACAACACGAUCAAGAAGUACAUCGAAGCGUACGUCAAGCUGACCGGCAACCGUCCUGAGCUCUGAAAUGCAGUUCUAUAAUAAAAAUUCCAGCGAUUCGCGCCUUGGCCAAUCAGACGCGCGCAUGAUUUUU